GAGAGGUUCAUGCGAAGCAGUGCUAGUGAGACUGGGUAUGUGCUAUCAGGAGCUGAGCUUCCUUGCUUGGUUUAAUGUCACUUGGAGAAAAUCAAGGAAACAAAAAGAAGAAAAAGAAAACAGAAAAUUUCAUCACCCCAGUCCAUCCAGACUGAACGAGCUUAACGAGAUAGGGCUAAUGUGUCCGGAAACGGCAGUUCUCUUGGCACGCUGAGGAGAAAAAUACGACAAUCCGACGGCGUACGACUCGAGUCUACUGGCGUUGAGUCCGAUCCUCGCAACGGCACUUCCAGGACUAGUCUCGAGCCGAGUGUCGCGGUGCCAAUGACGCUGUACACGGCGGGUGGGAUGAUCGUUUAGCAGCAGAUUGGACGUCGAUCCGGAUGGGAUCGACGGCAUCAGCGACCGUUCAGCAGACUGAUUGCCAAGGGAUUGGCACAACCCCUCACUGGAGAACUGCUCCAGCGUCGAUUCCUGCUAAUCUGACCGUGUCGAUCAUUCAACCAACGGACUUUGCAAACCCUGCUUGCUUUCUUCAUCACUCCCCAUUCAUCCAAGCUUCCAAUCACUCCUCCCCCUCUCUUUUUUUUUCUUUCUCCACUUCUCCCUCUCAUUAACAACCACCCCCCGGUUGUAAUGAUGAAGAUAUCGUUGCGCAAUCAGUUGUAGUUAUCUAAAAACGAUCUCCCGUCUACCACUGGUGUUGCACGGGUUGCAAUCGUCGCCAACAUGUUAACUGCGUGGAGACGGUUUUUCCAUCCGUCGGUAAACGACGACGUGUCCAGUCCCUCCUCGCUGUACGACGAGAAAUGCGGCCAGCUCGAGGUCAACGUCACGGCAUCCAGUCCGCCAAAAGCGACUGGCGCCGUCAAAAUCGAGGCCGUGGAAGCCGUGGGCGGCCGGAAGGGACGAUAUCUCCUCUAUAUCGGCUUGGUCAUGGUUAUGAUCAUCUUUGAACUGGACAACUCGACCGUAGGGACUUAUCGCAACUUCGCGACAUCCGACUUCAAACAUCUUUCCGUGCUGGCCACCCUCAACACGGCGGCCAGCAUCAUUACCGCCGUAAGUAAACCGCCGAUAGCCAAAGUCUCAGACGUCUUGGGGCGGGCCGAGGCAUACAUCUUUACCAUCACAUGCUACAUUCUGUCCUACAUCCUCUGUGCAUCGUCCAAGACGUUCAGCAUCUAUGCGGGUGGCUACGUAUUCUAUUCCGUCGGCCAGGCCGGCACGGCCAUCCUCAACUCCACCGUCGUGUCCGACAUCUCGUCCAUGCGCUGGCGAGGCUUUGUCUACAACAUCCUGUACAUCCCUUUCCUGAUCACGCCGUGGGUGUCGGCAUUCAUCGUCGACAGCGUCGUCAAUGGUAUUGGCUGGCGUUGGGGCAUCGGCAUGUUCGCCAUCCUGAUGCCCUUCUGCGCCAGUUUCAUCAUCGUCACCCUCCUCGUUUUCGAACGACGCGCCAAGCGGUCUGGCCUCAUCCUGACGGAGAAAUUGAAUCUCUUCACCUUCUGUUCGCGGAUCGAUCUGGGCGGCAUCAGCCUGUUGAGUGGCGGAUUUGCGCUAGUCCUGAUCCCCAUCACGCUGGCCGCCACAACAUCCGAUUGCUGGAAGACUCCGUGGGUCGACGCCCUGAUUGUGCUGGGCGGCAUCGCGCUGGCCUGUCUGUAUCCGUACGAGAAGUACUUCGCCCGUCACCCGGUCGUCCCCACCCACUACUUCCGUACCUUGUCCGUGGUGGUCUCCAUGGCCUUGGCCUGCGUGGACAACAUUGGGUUCGGAACCACCCAGACCUACCUGUACGUCUGGUCCAUGGUGUCCCACAACUUCUCGCCCCGUGACGCCCAGUUCCUCAACUACACCAACAGCGUCAUGCAGGCGCUGGUGGGGAUGGGCACCGGGCUGCUCAUGUAUCGGCUACGGUCGUACAAAUGGAUCGGCGUGGUCGGCGCCGCCAUCCGCAUGGUCGGGUACGGAGUCAUGGUCCGUCUGCGCACCAACGAGAGCUCCGUCGCCGAACUGUUCAUCGUCCAGCUGAUCCAGGGUGCCGGCAGCGGGAUGAUCGAGACCAUUGUCAUCGUCGCCGCGCAGAUCUCCGUGUCGCAUGCCGAACUGGCCCAGGUCACGUCGCUCAUCCUGCUCGGAUCCUUCUUGGGCAAUGGCAUCGGCUCAGCCAUCGCCGGUGCCAUUUACUCCAAUCAGCUGCGCGACCGCCUGCGUUUGCAUCUCGGACACAGUGUCGAUGAGGACACCGUCGUUCGCCUGUACAACUCCAUUACGGAUACACUGCCGAAGUGGGGGACGCCGGAGCGAGAUGCGGUUAACCGAGCAUAUUCCGAUGUCAUGGGGUACAUCACGAUCGCCGCGUUGGCGCUCUCCGCUCCCGUCGUCAUCCUCUCUCUACUGAUACCGAAUAAGAGGCUCGGCGACGGACACAAUCUGGUCCAAGAGACCCAAAGCGACGAUUCCCAUUCCUCUGACGAAACCCUGGUGGAUGAAAAGACCUGCACCCGAUAAUUCUAAUGCCGCGACAUGUGUGAUAUUGAUGCUGAUGACUAUACAUUAAUGAGUGUACAUAUGGGAC